AUGCCUGGAUCCGAGUCUCACACGGACACAAGAAGAAGGCCUUCUUCAGGCUCUUUUGCCGAAACUAUACUCCUUAUAUGGCGGGAGAAAUGCGUAUCUACUACCCAUGUCCAUCCACACUCUAUCCGGCUGACAUAUCCUAGNCAACCAUAUGCUGCUGAUUACAUCGGUCUGGCCAUUAUACUACCGAUCUGGAUAUGUCUACAGCUCUUCAUCUUCACCGAGCCAUUUCAUCGCAUGUUUGCUCUAGAUGACCGAAGGAUUCAAUAUCCCCAUGCCGAAAUCGAGCAUGUGCCCGUGACCUGGCUCUUGAUCUAUGCUGGCCUUUUCCCUUCNAUAAUCCUCCUGGUCUGGAGUUUUGCCCUCUUCAGACCUCACAAGACACAUGUUACCUUACUGGGCUUCGGCAUCAGUCUCCUAGUAACAUUAUUCGUAACAGACGUCAUCAAAAACGCAGUAGGCAGACCACGCCCCGACCUCCUCGCCCGCUGCCACCCCAAACCCGGAACCCCAGAGCACGAACUAAUAACCCACCUCUCCUGCACAAACCCAAACCACCACGUUUUGCACGACGGCUGGCGCAGUUUCCCUUCUGGCCACAGUUCCUUUGCUUUUUCUGGCCUGGGCUACCUUNNUUCCUUUUUCCUACUCUCCCAAUUCCGCAUCUUGCAUCCACGAGCAGGACUCUAUCGCACUCUUGUUGCUUUCUCGCCCUUNUUGGGUGCUGCAUUGAUUGCUAUUAGCAGACUAGAGGAUUAUAGACAUGAUGUUUUUGAUGUCGUGGUGGGCAGUUGUUUGGGUUUGGGGAUUGGGUAUGGGGUUUGGAGGAGAUGGUUUCCGGCGUUGGGGAGUAGAGGGUGUGAUGAGCCUCAUGAUGCUUUUGACGAGGCAGGUGAGCAGGCUGUGUUUGAGAGGAUUCGAGAUGAAGAGGAGAUGGUGGGUCAAGGCUUUGAGAUGCAGAGUAGAGAAGGUGGUGGCUAUUUGGGCACUGCUGUUCGAUAG